UUUAUUUUAAUCUAGAAACAUCUUCAAAUAUUGGAUUAUAUUUCAGGGUUUACCAGAGAGCCCACACAUAUUGUACUAGGUAUUAAAUGUAAUAGUGUAGACAGAUUGAACUCUUAUUUUGACAGCGGCGAGGCGGCUUUUCCUGCAAACCCACACAGCUCGUCAGAGAAUACGCUCUUCUGAGGUCAUCGAUCCCCGGGGGCGACACUGGUCCGCCGCUAUAUAAUCUUCUCAGCUCAGUGGAUGAAACCAACGGGCUCCAUCCGCUAACGAGAAAAAGCUAUCAGAAUCUAACCAUAAAACAUGGUGAAGAUUAGUUUCCAGGCCGUUACGGCGCAGAAGCCUGAAAAAGAGAUCGAUGAAGACAAGAUCAUUAUACCCCAGACUCACGGGCAGCUGGUUCUUCCUGUCGGGCACAAAAAGCCUUUUCCAACCGGCCUCUGCUGCCUCACCUUUGGCCUGGUGGUCUUCAUGUCAGGACUGGUGCUGUCCUCCAUCUAUGUCUAUCGCUACUACUUUAUACCUCAGAUCCCAGAAGACAGCUUGUUCCACUGCCGGGUUGUCUACGAGGACUCUGUGUACGCUCCUCUGAGGGGCCGACAGGAACUCGAGGAAAAUGUUGGCAUUUACCUCGACGAUAACUACGAGCAAAUCAGUGUACCGGUGCCGCACUUUGGAGGCAGUGACCCCGCUGAUAUCAUUCACGACUUUCACAGGGGCCUGACAGCUUAUUAUGACAUUGCUUUGGACAAAUGCUACAUCACAGAGCUGAACACAACCUUGGUGAUGCCUCCAAGGAACCUGUGGGAGCUGCUCGUCAAUGUCAAGAGAGGGACAUACCUUCCUCAGACCUACAUUAUCCAGGAGGAGAUGAUGGUGACAGGGAGGGUGAGGAACAUGAGGCAGCUGGGCCCCUUCAUCCACAGACUCUGCUAUGGCAAAGAAACCUACCGCCUGAGACGCCGCAAUCAGCACAGACGUAUCGAGAGGCGUGAGACGAAGAGGUGCCACAGCAUUCGUCACUUUGAGAACACUUUUGUGGUUGAAACCGUGAUCUGCGACAGGUUCUAAAUCUGAGCCGGAAAUAGGCGCCAACUUAGAAAACAGACCUCUUGAAUUCAUUAGGCUUUUUACUGCACUUUAAGAGCAAGUCUUUGUCCAACAGUUUUCCUUUUUCUUUUUUGUCUCAAGUUGGAAAUGCUCUGUCAUUGUUUGUGUACAAUGUUAUUGUCUUUUUUUAUUCACAGUCUGUAUAUUUGUAAAAUGUUAUACAUGUGUUUGGAUAUUUCUGUAGCUUCUCAAGCACUGCAUAAGAUGUUAUUGUCAGUUUGUUACAUUUACAUCAGAUCAAGACUUGAUUUGAAUUUAUUUUAGAAAUAGUGCACUGUGGCUGAUGGUAUGGAUAUUUUAAUGCUGCUUGCAUGGUGCACUAAUGUCGGUCUUUGUUACUUGGUCGUUUUUUUAUAUGUCAUGAAAUUGCAAAACAUACCUCAUGUACUUUUCUGUACGUUUCUUUGCUGUUUGUAUCAUUGAUGAUGUAUAUAACUUUGAUUGUUCCUAAGCAAUAUAUACUGUAAAUUGAUUUCUUCUAGAUUCCAUAUUGUUACAUUCAUAGAUUUUUUAUCUGAAAUCGACUUGUUUUGUCUCUUUAUUUCUUUCGGUGUCACACUUUACUACUCCUUGGAUAUAAUGACUUUAGACUGUAAUUAGUAGCAGUGCUUUGAAGGACAGAAGGAACCAAAGUCUGUGAUCAGAGAUGCUAUGCUUGGCAUUAAGGAAAUAUGAGAUACUUAGAAAAUGUGCUUUUUUGUUCAGAUCACUUACUGUAGAUGAUAUCAGGCUGAAACGUUGUCCUGCUCUUCCUCCUCUUCACCUGUUUUUUGUCUGUUAUCUUUAGCUCUUGCCAGUUCCCGAUCCGUCCUGUUCUGGCAUUACAAUCUUUAAAAUGUUGAUUUGUCCAACUUAAAAAAAUUGGGGCGUCUUUCUAAUGUAAAUGUGGAGCAAAUAUGCCUCUGUUGAGAGAGACCUGUGAUAUUUGCUCUUAUUUCACUGUCCUCGAUACUUUGUUUCAAUGUACAGACGAUUUUUCUUGUAAUAUCUUGCAGCUUUAAGAAUAAACUAUCAAACUUG